AUGAAUACAUAUAGCAGAUCUCCAUUAGAACCAGUCACCUAAAAUAAAGAUUAUUUUACAUCAUAAUCUUCUUCAAAAGUUAUUACUAGUACAGUAAGACAGUGCACUUCAGUGACACAAAAUUUAGGAUCCUCUUAAAUGAAAAGAUCAAUGUAUUUAAUUGUGUUUAUCCUGGAUAGGUCUGGAAAUAGCAUCUAUUCCUCGUAAAUUAAUAACCCUCCUCCCCCUAGAUAAUAGUUGGGUAAAAACCUUGAUAUUGUUUGUUUCUUGAUGGCCUGUGAAGUUGAAAGAUUCGUAGCUGAAAAUGAUAAACUCAAAUAUAGGAUAAAGGAGAUGGAUGAUAAAUUGCUUGAUAGAAAUAGUUAUGAAAAACAAAUAGAAGAUUUGUAAGCUAGACUUAUGCAGAUGCAAUAUUAGGAGAGUAUGUAUAGGUAAAAUCAGUAUUUAAUGGUUUAAGAUAAGAGAUCGAAAUUACUACUACAUAGUAUACAGAGGAGAUUGAGAAUUGGAAAAUCAGAUUUUUUACUAAUGAGGAUAAAUACAGAAAUGAAAAUGAGUAAUUGAAACAAUAACUUUUGGUUGGAAAUUCAAAAUAAUAAAAGGAAAUAGAUGAUUUGAAGAAUUAAUUAUUCGCAUAAAAACAGACUAAUGUAUUAUGAAUGCUUAAAUAUCUUUAGGAAAAUGAGGUAUAAAAACUAAGAGAACAAUUGUUGAGUAAAUAAUAGGCUGUAGAGUAUUAUUAAGUAGAGUUGAAUUAAUAUGAGGCUGAAUUUUAAUAGUACAAGCAAUAGGAAGAAAAAAUAGUCUAAUUGGAAAAUAAAAUAGGAAUGUUAGUUUGUGAAACUGAGAGAUUAAACAAUUUGUUGAAAUAGAAAUUAGAAGAAUUGGAAAUGAAUAAAGCACGUUAUAAUAACAUGGCUUAAGAAUCUGAAAAAUGGAGAUCUGAACUUAGAUCAUUAUAAAAUUAAUUUGAUAAAAAGUAGAAAGACUAUGAUUAACUCAAUUAAGCAUUCGUUAUGACCUAAAAUGAAUUAAUCAAAUACAAGGAUUAGGACUAAAUUAUAGAUUAAAUGUAAAACAAAAUUGUUCUUCUGUAAGGAGAAAUUGAUAGAUUAAAUUAAGUCUUGAGAGAAAAAAUAAAAUAAGGAGAAGAAUGGAGAUAGAAAUAUUUUGAUUCAGAUAAUCAAUGCAAAGAAAUGAAAUAGAAAUUACAUAAAUUAGAUUAAUUGUAAAUGCAAUUAAAAGAUCAAAUUGAUAUGUUUUAGCAAUUGAGUAAUAAUUUGGAAGAUUAAAAGAUGAAAAACUAUCAAUUACAACAAUCAAAUCAUAAUCUAGAACAAGGAAAUCAAGAACUCAUUAGUAGAAUUGAAUUGUUAACAUCUGAAAUAGAAAGACUAAACAAUAUUUUAAGAUAGAAAAUUCAUGAAUUAGAAGAGUGGAAAUAAAAAUGUUAACACUAUGAAUAAGAAUUUAAAAAUAAAUCAAUUUAAUAUAAUGAUAUUAAAAGUAAAUUAAGUUGUUUAACUUAAGAAAUCGAUAGAAUGUAAGAAUAAUUGAGAUAGAAAUAAUUAGAGUUAUAAAAUUUAUAAAUAAAUCAAAAUUAGUUGCAAAAAGAGAUUAAUAAUCAAGAAUAAAUUAAUUAAUCCUUGUAAAAGUAGAUUGAAGAAUGGAAAAGAAAAUAUACCAAUAUUGAAUAUGAUUUAUAAGAAUCAUUAAUGAAGAAUAAGAAAUUAGUCGAAUAUGAAAAUACCAUUGCUAUGAUUUCAUAAGAACUAGAAAGAUAGAAGAUGUUAUUUUCAUAGAAAUCUUAAGAAUUUGAUGACUAAAGGAGAUAGAUGAUGAACGAUAUCUAAAAACUGAAAUAGAGUAUGGGAUUGAAAUCGACAGAAGCUGAAGAGUGGAUGUCUAAAUAUAGAAGAUUAGAAUAGGCUUACUCUGAAUUGAGUCAAACUAAUAGAAUAGUUGAGGAUAAGUGGAAGUAAUCAUUAAUAAGAAUUAUAUUGCAUUGUUCUGAAAUUGAUAGAUUAACAUAAGUUUAAGCGGAGAUUUUUGAUGAAAAUGAAUAAUUGACUAAUCAAAUAUCACAUUAUCAAAGUUAAUUAAAGAUUAAGGAUGAUUAAUUAUAUAAAGCAUUGGAUAGAAAUAACCUAUUACAAAAAUUACAAGAUGAAGAAAAGGUGAAAAGACAAGGAUUGGAAAACUAAAUAGCAAGUUUGAAAAUAUAUUAAGAUAAUUGUCAAAUUCUAGAAUAAAAAAUUAUAAGUUUGACUACUGAGAAUUAAAGAUUGAAUGAACAAUUGAGAUUGAGAAAUGGAGAGAUUGAUGAUUAUAGAACUCAAAUUUAAAGAUAUGAAAACAAGAUCUAAAUUAGUAAUCAAGAAUUGGAAAGAGUUAAUUAACAAUUAAGAAAAGCAUUUUCAGAAUCAGAUGAAUUAAGGAAGGAAAAAGAGAGAUUAGAGUCUUAGUAUAAUUUACUUUAAAGAUAAUAUGAUGACUUAAAACAAAAAUACAAUUCCUUAGAGUUAUACAAAUCUAAAUAUAUUGAAUUAGAGAAUAGAUGUGCUAUGUUAUCCACCGAAAUUGAAAGAUUGAAUUAAUUAUUAAUGAACAGAUAAGAUGAAAUCGAUUAAUUAAAGAAGAAAUGCUAUUAAUUGGAAUAAUAAAUAAUUUAGUUAAAAUAAUAUGAAGAAAAUGUAAGAAUUAUCCAAUAUCAUUUUAGAUUAGAGUCUUGUCUAAUGAAAUUGAUAGAUUAUAAGGAAUCAUAGAUGUCAAUGAAGCUGAACUCAAGUAAUGGAGACUAUAAUAUGCAGAUGGUGGAGCGUAAACAAGGAAAAUUUAAGAUCUCCUAUUCCAUUUUGUUGUAUUUUUAUCAUUCUAAAUUUAGAUGUAAUCAGCAGAGAUUGAAAGUCUCAGAGCCAGAGUUUAAGAGAAGGAAAAAGAAGUGGAAGAAGUUAGAAGAAGCAGUUUGGCUCCUUAUAGAAGAUGAG